CAGCACAGUGACUCCAGUCCGUGCUCCGUGUGUCUACCGAUUACAGGGACAGGCAGAGUGCAGUCUGCAUUGAGUCUGAUUUUGUACUUUACUAAUGUAUUUUGGUUCUUUUAUGUUUACAUUUCAAUGGAGGUUUUAAAUUUUGACGUUUUAAAAUUGAAUUCAUGUAAAUUAUUUGCUUUUGUUUUUCUCCUCGCAUUUUUUAUCAGUUCAUCUGAAGGUACGACGAUAAAAAGGUGUUACAAGUGUCGAUCGCGCGGGGACCAGGGUAGCUGCAAGGACCCCUUCAAGUACAGCAACUUCACAUCCCUAACUGGCGUGAAGGGCGUUGAGGCGAUACCCUGUCCCUCCGGAUGGUGCAAUAAAAUAUUCGAAGGUGGAGCCAAUCAGUUCAAAGAUGAAGAAUAUGGUGCAGCUACGUCUCGUGGUUGCUUGCCGAGGGGGCCUCCUGACAACGAAGAACGAUGUGCUAUGACAGUUUUUGGAACUAAUCCGACUCCGGUGAUGAUGUGCCUAUGCCAAGGUGAUCUUUGCAAUGGAAGUCCAACAACGGCUUUACCCUCAGCUCUAAUGAUCUUACUUCCAUUAUUGUCAAUUUUUCAUGCUUGGAGGAAUAUAUGACUAUGAUUAUUUCACAUCAGUGAGGACCAUGACCUCGGAAAACCUUCAGAAAUUCUCUCCUUCUAAAGAUCUAGGACUUGUAUCAUCGUAAUUCAUUUCUAAACUAUAUUUAGAAAAUGAAUAACUUGGCCCUAGGAACGAAAAUGAACAACUUGGCCCUAGGAACGAAUACACUACUUCAAUGUGACUGUAGAGCCACAUGAUAUGAUGUGUUCAUUAUUUGAAUAUUCCCCGCCUUUUAAUGUGCCUUCAAUUAUUUGUGUAAGUUAUAUGGCAGGAUAUGUUAGAUAUAGGGAAAUGGUAAUACUUUGAUUACUGAUUACUUAAACAGUACUAUUGAUUUUCCAAUUUAUAUUAUCAAAUCACUUUCAUACAGUAUUAGAAUAUGUGACUGUCUAGGGACCUGUACUUUAACAUUUAGUUUAAUUAUUGAGGUAUUUUUAUAGUGUUACUUUAAAAUAUAUUUUCUUGACGAAAUUAGCUUUAUUAGCAUUGAUAAUAAUAUUAUCAUUCAGAAUUGAUAGCUCUUAUCGUUGACAAUCCAGAAGUUAUGACUUGAUAGCACAAAAAGAGAAAAUGACUAACUUAGUGCUGAGGUUAUUUAACGAUAAACAUCUACAUUUUACUAUAAAUGACUUUUCUCAAACAUCACUCUAUUUUUUGGCUGAUUCGCCUCAUAGCAGUAGAAUAUCAAGAUUAUGUAGUGAACUCAUUUUUAUCUUGCCAAUUUAAGGCGUUCAUGUUGUUAAAGAUUUACUUGUUCAAGUUUUUAAAAUUUAUCUUUUAAACAUUCUACUGAUUUUAUAUAUCAAAAUUACAAACGGUAUCUAAUAAAAUUCUAGAUAUCUGUAGAGUAAUUCUUGUGAUAACAAUAUUCCUGUGAUUCGAUUAUCAUUUUAUAUAUUGUGAUAAUUCUUUUCAAAACAUGUGCUAUUAAAUAUCUGGUAACUUAUUAGAAUUGUGUAUUCUAUGUGGCUCACUGUUGUGUAAUAUACUGCUGUUUUCUUGUAUACAACGAAUCAAAGUUAUAAAAUAUGAUGCAUUGAAUUAGGAAGAAACUAUAGGCCUACUCUUCAUGUAUUGUUGGAAGCUGUUGAUUAUUCUUUAAGGUUAAAAAUACUUUUAUAUGCAAAAUAUUCCGUCCAUGACUUGGAAACUAUAUUUUUAAUAUUCGUAGGAGAUAAUUGGAAAUCUACUAAAUCUACUCGAUUAUAAUCUAUUGGCUAGUUCAUAUUCAGAUUUUCAAUUAAUAAUGAGAAUCUCAUUUUAGUAUUCUAGCAGUAUCUGACGAAUUAUUAUAUCAUAUUCUAUGAAUAUUUGUAUUGAUGUCUUUCUAAUACGUGUUCAAACUACUUAUCUUCCAUAUUCAACCUUAGUAUGUUAAUUAUAUGUUUUAUACCUUUAGAUUUUCACUAUUUAACUAACUUUCAUGGUAAUGUAUUAUAAUAUAUUAUUAUUAUACUCUUUGUUGAAUCUAUUAUAAUUGUCCUGCUUGUUAUUAUACUUUUACCUUAUUUAUAGAGAUUUAGUGUUCUUUUUGUAUUUUUACACUUUUAUAGUUCAUGUUCUUAUAGACUUUUCUUAGAAUAAGACUUUCUCCUGCAAAUCUUGUACUUUUUCCCUGGAGUUCUGUGUUAUUGUUUAAAUUUUAAAUUUGUUGAUUUAUAAACCUUUGAAGUAUGUGUAAAUAAUAUUCCUUUGAAUAAGUUCCAAUUGAUGUAAUAUCUGGGAGAUUUCUUAAAUUUCUCUAUUGAUUUAUUUAAUUUCCUGAUGUACUGUUUUGAAACAAAUCAAUCAUAGUAUCGUAUUUUUUACAAUGCUUGUAAUAUAUUGUAUUAUUGCAUUGCUUUUUCAAUGUUAAUUGGAAUGUUAUUUAAAGAACAUUAAGGUAAACCUUGGCAGAACACUUUGUGCCUUUCUUUCACAAGCUGCCUUAUUUAAUUCCUUAUCCAUGUAAAACAUAUAUUUUCCGACUUUAAUAAGAAACUUGUUUUUUUUUAUAAUCAUACUUUUUGUUCUGGUAAUUUGCAAGCUGAAUAAUAAAGAAAUUAAAUUUUAUAAAUACAGUAUCAAGAAUAUAACACUGCCUCUCAUAAAAUGUUGAAAUGGUUACUUUUUCACAAUUCCUUGAUUAUACAAUCGAUAGCUUAUUAAAAAUAUGUAGUGUA